AUGAGGUGUGAAGUGAAAAUGGGGAAGAUCCAGAUGGUUGGAUUGCUGCUGGCAGUGAUAGUGAUCAUUGCUUGUCUGUGGGAGAGCGUGGAUGGUGCAGACAGUUGUCAAGUUGGAGGCGCGACAGCCUGCAGUGAUGAGUGCAAGAAGCAGGGUUGUCAGAAGGGAGAAUGCCAAGGCGAGAAUGGCAGCCAAGCCUGCAAAUGCACCGAACUGAGGCUUUUGGAUCCAAAUUAA